CGCCGAGACAGCUACGCUGAGAGCGGUGAGGGUGAGUUGCAGCAACGUAUCAUCAUGGGCGGAUCGAGGAGCCGACAGCAACCUGCCCGGUCGACAGCCCACCUGUAGCAUCAACAUGGCACAUUCCACGGAGGGGACCAAAAACCGGAGAGGAAGUGGUGCGACUGGAGGAACCAUAAUGAAGAAUGGCAUGGUCAGCAUAGACCCCGUCUCCACAGCACAACCAAGCCCAGACCUCCACAACCACCAUGAGCACAACAAGCCCCCCCUCAUCCAGCACUCCCUGCCGAGGUACAAGGCCUCCGCCCUGUACUACGGCAGCCCCGAGCGGGGCCAUGAAGAUCAGGACUGCCACAGCCUGGCCUCCCAGGACUCUGGUAUCCCCACCCUGGAGAUCAACCAUCCCGAGCACAUCCACGCCCACCCACACCCAGGAGAGAGUGGCCUUACCCUGGGGUCGAACCACCACGACCAGCGCCCCGCUACCCUCUCUCUGGACCAGUCUGGAGACAGCGCUGGCCUCCGCAAGUCCUCCACCUUCCCCCGCAGCAGCUAUGACUUGGUGCGCCUCUUCAGCCCCGCCCCCAGGUCCAGCGCUGGCGGUGUGGGAGUCAUGGCGAUGAGUGGCGUGGGAGGCAGAGGACUGAACCGCAGCGACGACAUCUCAGUGUGCAGCGUGUCGAGUUUGAGCACGGAGCUCUCCGCCACGCUGUCGGCGUCCACCGAAGACAUCCUGGACUUCAUGGUCACCUCCGACUCCAGCGCCAUCGUCACCAUGGAGACGGACGAUGGCGGUAGCGCCCACUUCUCAGACGUGACGCUGUCUCCAGGCGGCGACAUCGAAGGGGGUCUGCGGAGUCCGCAGCGGAGACACAUGGGUCCGGGGGCAGAGGAUGAGGGUAGGCCCAAGAGGCUGGGGCCACUGGCUAGCUUCUUCAACAGGAGUCUGUUUGUCAAGAAAGUGAAGGACACUCGGCCAGUGGAGCAGAAGGACCCGGGCUGGAAGCUUUUUGGGAAAAUCCUCCCUAGAGAGUGCUCAGUGAAACACCCCCAGAAAAUACAGAAGGAAUAUGAAACUAAGAGUAGCAGAGAUGGACCUGGCCACAGUCCCCCGUCUCCCAGACAGAGUGUGAGGAAGAACCUGGACUUUGAACCCCUCUCCACCACAGCACUUAUACUGGAGGACCGCCCUGCUAAUCUGCCAGCGAAGCCUGCAGAGGAGGCCCAGAAACACAGACAACAGUAUGAGGAGAUGGUGGCCCAGGCCAAGAAGAGAGAGCUCAAGGAGGCCCAGAAGAGGAGGAAGCAGCUGGAGGACAGGUGCAAGCUGGAGGAGAGCAUAGGCAACGCCGCCCUGACCUGGAACCAGGAGAUUCUGCCCAACUGGAGUGCCAUGUGCACAUCUCGGCGGGUCAGGGAGCUCUGGUGGCAGGGAGUGCCCCCAAGCGUCAGGGGCAAGGUCUGGAGCCUGGCGGUGGGCAACGAGCUCAACAUCACCCACGAGCUGUUUAACAUCUGUCUGGCCAGGGCAAGGGAGAAGUGGAAAUCUAUGCCUACUGCACCACCCACUGAACCAGAGGCUGAAGAUGCAGGUUUGUCUCUGGCGGACAGAGAGGCCAGUCUGGAGCUGAUUAAACUGGACAUCUCCAGAACCUUCCCACACCUCUGUAUCUUCCAACAGGGAGGUCCAUACUACGACGUGCUGCACAGCAUCCUGGGAGCAUACACCUGCUAUAGGCCAGACGUUGGCUACGUGCAGGGCAUGUCGUUCAUCGCGGCGGUGCUGAUCCUCAACCUGGACACAUCGGACGCCUUCAUAGCUUUCGCCAACCUGCUGAACAAGCCCUGUCAGAUGGCCUUCUUCAGAGUGGACCACAGCCUUAUGUUGACGUACUUUGCAGCAUUUGAAGUGUUCUUUGAAGAAAAUCUACCAAAGCUGUUUGUACAUUUCAAGGAAAUCAACUUGACCCCCGAUAUUUAUUUAAUUGACUGGAUCUUCACCCUGUACAGUAAGUCGCUGCCGUUGGACCUGGCGUGUCGGGUGUGGGACGUGUUCUGUCGUGACGGUGACGAGUUCCUGUUCCGGGUGGCCCUGGGCAUCCUGCGCCUGUACGAAGACGUGUUGACCCGCAUGGACUUCAUCCACAACGCCCAGUUCCUCACCCGCCUGCCCGACCACAUCCCCCCCGAACAGCUCUUCUCACACAUCCACGCCGUCCACAUGACCAGCAAGAACAGGAAAUGGGCGCAGGUUCUUCAGGCCUUACAGAAGGAGCAGGAGCGGAACAGUCCAGUCCUAAAGCACUGAGUCCAGUUAUCCAGGAGCAAAACAACAGACACUAGCACAUUCUCUAACCCAGUACUCCACCUGACCUUAUGAAACGCUGGACCCAGGCCAGGCGGUGUGUGAGAGCUGCCCUCUAGGCCCCAGAUAGACAUGCCCUCCCUGGGAUGGACCUACCCCAGGCUCGGAGCACUCAGGGAUGAGGAAAAUCAGCCACUGUGUUCCCCCUGGACCUGGUUUAUGGAGCAGAGACCCUGGAGGUCUGGAAAAGACUGGGGUAAGGGGGGACAAGGACUUAUUAUAACCCACCACCAACACAUGCUGUGUCCCCCAAAUCGAACCGGGCAGAAGAAUGAUGCUCUCGAAAGUACUGUACUCUCCCAUAUUUCUAUAGCAGGGAUGCUAGUUCCUCUCUUUCUCUCGAUCUCUCCUCCCUCUUUCUCUCACUUUUCACUCCUCUCUCCCUGUCUCUCUCUCUCCUAUUUCUCACUUUCCCCUCCCUUUCUACCUCUAUUCCAAGCCUCCGUUGCUGUUGGUCAUUCCUACAAAUCGGCUGACUUUUUUACUGUUAGCCUUUUAGUUAUUUUUGUUUGGUCUAAUGUGGUUUCAAUGUCUUUUUAAUUAGUUUGCCGUUUAUUCGCUUGUUUUCCGUUUGUUUGUUUCUAUUUGUGUCCGCACUAUUCUAUGAAGGAAAGACUCCCAAGGAGAAGCCGUGGCCGUUUGUGAUUUGGGGACAACGGUUCAUCGGCUUGAAAGGAGGGGGUAGUGAAUUGGUUUUUAUUCUUAUGAAGAUUAAUCUGAAAUGCAACAAAUUAUGUAGUGUUGUUAGAGGCACUAUAAUGUUACGGUUCACUUUUUAAAGAAAUAUAUUUUUCUUUGUAUUUUACCCCUUUUUUCUCCCAAUUUCAAUCUUGUCUCAUCGCUGCAAUUCCCCAACGGGCUUGGGAGAGGCGA